UUUCUGCUAGAUCGACGGCGACACAUGAUUUCACUGUACAUCGGAGAAGAGCAACAACAAUAACACGCAGUCAGCGCGGGUUAUGGAGCAAUAAAUGACAGUGAACGUCGAUUGGUCGUUUGAGGCGGUCUUACUGUCGUUCAUAAAACUCCGGUCAAUGUCAAUUCUGUACUAGUAACAUUAGCUGUUACUGCAGCUGGAUCAGCGCUGUCUCCAGGAAUGGCAUUCAAUAAGAAGUAUGUAAGCGUGGGCUACUCUUGUGUUGGGAUGUUGGUGGGAUUUUCGGCGUUUCUAGUGUGGAACAUCGCCUAUAAACAGCCGUGGACAGCCGCGAUGGGUGGAUUAUCAGGUGUUUUGGCAUUAUGGACUCUGGUCACACACAUAAUGUACCUUCAGGACUUUUGGAGAACAUGGUUAAAGGGCCUGAAGUUUUUCUUGGUCACAGGCGUCACUUUCUCCAUGGUUUCCAUCGUAGCGUUCAUCUCCUUCCUCGGUGUGGCCAUCUCCCACAAAGAAUCCCUCACAGAUCCUGCCAGUCUGUACCUGUCAUGUGUGUGGAGCUUCAUGAGUUUGAAGUGGGCGUUCCUGCUGGCCCUCUAUUCUCAUCGGUAUCACAAAGAAUUUGCCGACAUCUCCAUCCUCAGUGACUUUUAAAUACACACACAGUGAUGCACUCGUGCCCACAGAGAAUGGAGACAUGCUUGGCUGUUACCAUUUGAAAUGGACAAGGAACACUCAACGUGGAGAGUCAGAAAGCUUUCGUGUUUUUUUUAUAUCAAUAUACGACAUUAGUGUGUCACUUCCCUCUCUAUCUACUGUUGUCUGUUGUAGAUCUUGUUAGACGCAAGAGUAUGUUGAAGGACGUCAUCUGUCGUUUACAUUUUUUGCCUUUUUAAUAGCUCUGAUCAAUGUGAAUAUUUUCACUUUGAGUAUGUAUGGUUAAUAGGUAUUAAAAGGAGUCUUUUGUCUUUCUCCUUGCUGCUCUUUUCUUGUUGUCCUGAAUGUUUUUUCUGCAGUUUCAUUAUGGGAUAUUGAUAAGUGACAGGUUUUUAUUAAGCUGAUCUGUCCCUAAAAAACAAUUUCUCCUUCUGCCUCUUUGCAUUUAGGUAGCUGGCUGUUGAUUGUUAAAUAAGCACUUUAUUGUCUAGACAAUGUGGUUUAAACAAUCGAAAACCUUGUGUGGGAAUCUUGAGGCUUUAUUGAUGAGUGAAACGUCGUUUGGAAAGGCUUUUUGUUUUUCUUUUCUUGUUAAUAUUUUUAUGACCCCAAAGCAACAUCUAGCACACAUUUGGAUUAUAUGAAUGAUUCAAUCAAUGAUAUUUGUAGACCUACAGGGUUAGUGAUUUUCAGUAUUACCAUCACGUCUGUCAUCUGAGAGUUGUUUUGUAUAAAUUCAUUCACUCAGACAAUACUGCAUGCAUAUCUUAUAUUAUGUUGAGAUUUCGUUUUAUAUUUACACAGAAACAUUGUGUUACACUGUUUGAAUGUGAUGUUGGCGGUUGCCUAACAUUUCAGACACUUUUGUGAACGUAUCCAUUAUACUGUAAUGUUAUGAAAUUAAUAACUUUAUGUGUGAGCGGGCCAUUAAUAAAAUAACCUGUUAUGGCAACCAGA